GAUUAAAGCAUGAAUGGUAGCAGCUUCCCAGCCACGAUGGAGCGAGAAGGCGGUUCAGGCUAUGGGAAUAAGGUUUCCUCCCAAAUGAGACCCUGAGGUUCCUGCUGGCAGCUCCAGCGCUGUCCUGUAGAAGUGCCCUCCUGCUCCUGGUCCCAGCAGCCGAGGCCCCUCCAAACCUGCUUCUGCAAUGGGUGGGUUGUAAGCACUGGUAAUGAGGAGCUGUGGGUCCAGUCAGUCUUGGAGAUGCCGAAGAGACGAGACAUCCUGGCUAUCGUGCUGAUAGUUCUGCCCUGGACACUACUAAUCACCGUCUGGCACCAGAGCACCAUUGCUCCACUGCUUGCAGUGCACAAGGAUGAUGGUGGUGACUCCCGGCGUGAUCUCGCUGCAGGCUUGGACUCCAAGGAAUACUGCUUGUCGGACCGGGACAUUGUGGAGGUGGUGAGGACAGAAUAUGUUUAUACCCGCCCGCCCCCGUGGUCGGACACCCUUCCCACCAUCCACGUCAUUACACCCACCUACAGUCGGCCCGUGCAGAAGGCAGAGCUGACGCGCCUGGCCAACACCCUCCUGCACGUCCCCAACCUGCACUGGAUCCUGGUGGAGGACUCGCAGCGGCGCACGCCUCUCAUCACCCGCCUGCUGCGGGACACGGGGCUCAACUACACCCACCUCAACGUGGAGACACCCCGCAACUACAAGCUGCGGGGAGACAUGAGGGAUCCCCGCAUUCCUCGAGGGACCAUGCAGAGGAACCUUGCCCUGAGGUGGCUGAGAGAGACCUUUAACAAAAAUAACAGCCAGCCUGGGAUUGUUUACUUCGCCGAUGAUGAUAACACCUACAGCCUGGAGCUCUUUGAGGAGAUGCGCAGCACCAGAAAGGUGUCGGUGUGGCCGGUCGCCUUCGUUGGUGGCUUGCGCUACGAGUCUCCCAAAGUGAACGCCGCAGGGAAGGUCUACGGCUGGAAAACGGUGUUCGACCCCCACCGCCCCUUCGCCAUAGACAUGGCGGGGUUUGCUGUGAACCUCAGGCUGAUUCUCCAGCGAUCUCAGGCUUACUUCAAACUGCGAGGAGUGAAGGGAGGCUAUCAGGAGAGCAGCCUGCUCCGGGAACUCGUGACCUUGAAUGACCUUGAGCCGAAAGCUGCCAAUUGCACUAAGAUUUUAGUCUGGCAUACGAGGACGGAAAAGCCUGUGCUGGUGAAUGAGGGGAAGAAAGGAUUCACAGAUCCCAACGUGGAAAUCUGA